GACACUGACGACAGCAAAACGCGACAGAUAGCGUGAGAUUCGCAACACACUUUGGGGUUUCCGUUCUUUUAACAUUUCAAUCAAGUAGCAUCAUCGAAGUACUAACGUUUCACUGGUGAUGGAAGUGAGGCCGUAAACUAUUCUAGUCCUCGGGUAGCCAAGACAGAAACCCAGACCGCCUCUACUUGAGCGCUGCGAUCACGUAUGCAACAUUACAUCACAGUGAAAUACUGCCGUGGAUCGAAAGCAUGACUUUGAGCAUGGACAUCAGCGUUACUUUUCUCAAGUGCGAACUCGCCUCUACUAUCGACCAGGCGGUAAGAUGCGCGGUCGAAACGGUUUUAAAAGAAACAGCGCGAGUUGUUGGCAUAAAGCUGACCGCGGCUCGUAACGCAGCCGCAGAGUCGCACCGAGAGAACCGGAGCCUGCGCGAGAGACUGGAGAUCUCCGAGAGCGAGCUCAAAGCAGUGCGCUACUACAUGACCGCGGCUGAGAAGAACAUCAAACAGUGUUUACUUCUCAACAGAAUCCAGCCCGGGUCAAACAUCGUGCGCCCAAACGCAGACGACGCACUUUUUGUGAUUCCGUCACGCGCUGCGGAUGGAAGCCCCACAGCACCGGCGCAGAACAAGAGCUUCCGAAACUCACCCGGAAGAAUCCACAGUCCUAAAAAUCUCCCUAGUGUUGGCCUCUGUCUCCCUACGGUACAGUCCGACUUGUCUCGUGAGUGUGUCAACCGUAGAAAGGCAAGAAGGUCUGCAGAGGGCAACAGUUCAGCCCUCAGCAGUGACCCCGCGACCUCACAAACUCUUGUGGAAAACAGUCCUGCUCUCUUCAAACCACAAGAUGAGCCAGAAGGCCCGUUUUACAUCACGAAUGAGGGUGGAAAAGACAACAGUUCUGCAGUAACAGACAGCGAGAGGAGACUUGAGGAACCAGAAAAUCCAUCAAACCCACCUGAGGAUCCAUCUGACAUGACAAAGUUUGAGUUUGAAAUGAGCACGCCAGCUGGGAAUGUUAAUGAGCUGGAGCUGAUACAGGUGAUGGAGGACUCUGAUGAUGUCAAACAGGGCACCAUUAAAAUUAAAGACGAUCCCGAUUCACUUACAUUAGAGCCUCCUUCAUCAAAUCUAGCUGCAGCAUCUUCAUCCAACUCCAUGCAAGAGUUACUGCAGAUCUCCUCGCCUUCAAUGCGGGAGAGUGAUGGCGAUGUUUUGCUGGCCUUGGCACCACCUGUUAGUAGUGACUCAGGGUUCAGCAGGACUAUAGAGAGCCCUGAUAAAGUGCACCGCUGCAACAUUUGUGGCCGGGGGUUCAGACGUUUCUACUGCUUGAAAACACACCAGCGCAUACACACAGGAGAGCGCCCGUAUCCUUGCAGAUACUGCGAGAAACGCUUCCGCCAUUUGGACAGCUUACACAAGCACCAGCGCAUUCACACAGGAGAGAGACCGUACCGCUGUGCUGAGUGUGGAUGCUGCUUCAGAGAACUUGGUCAACUCAAAAAGCACAGACUCAAACACUCACCCACAUUUGUUUCUGUUGCCAAUCCCACCUUCCCUCUCCUCUCAGCCGGACCCUCCUAUGUCUGGCCACAUCUCAACACACAGUCUUUGGAUUCAGUCUAAGCAUGUGAUGGUAUUUUCGAAGCAUGGUGAUUGUGGAAACUUGGUAUACGGUAUUACAGCAGUAUUGAACUAUGUAACAAAAACAGGUAGAAAAGAUAAACAAACUCGUCCUCUUAAUUACAAAUGGAAUAACUUUUAAAAUCGGGGACAUUAAAAUACAAUUAAACAACACAUUUAAAAUGUAUAAAGUAAACAAAUGUUUCAAACAGAUUAAAGUGCAAAAGAACAUAACUAUAAGGAACAAUAAUAAAUAAUUAAAACGCGUUUUAA